GAUGGAGGAGAGAAGAUGGCGGAAGCGGAGUUUAAGGACCACGGCACAGCUAUGGAUGGUGAGCCAAGCUCUGGAACGUCCGUGUCAACAACAGCCAGCAGCACCACCACCACCACCAUCACCACAUCCUCCUCCCGAAUGCAGCAGCCACAGAUCUCUGUCUACAGUGGGUCAGACCGACAUGCUGUUCAGGUAAUUCAGCAGGCUUUGCAUCGACCCCCCAGCUCGGCGGCUCAGUACCUGCAGCAGAUGUAUGCAGCUCAGCAGCAGCACCUGAUGCUGCACACGGCUGCUCUGCAGCAGCAGCACCUAAGCAGCUCACAGCUCCAGAGCCUAGCGGCUGUCCAGGCAAGUUUGUCCAGUGGAAGACCAUCUACAUCCCCUACAGGCAGUGUUACACAACAGUCAAGUAUGUCCCAGACAUCUAUCCUCUCCGCUUCUCCUGCACCUGCUCAGCUGAUGAACCGCUCCCAGACUUCCAGUUCUACCAGCGGCAGUAUUACCCAGCAGACUAUGCUGCUAGGGAGCACCUCUCCUACCUUAACGGCCAGCCAAGCCCAGAUGUAUCUCCGAGCUCAAAUGCUGAUUUUCACACCUGCUACCACUGUGGCUGCUGUACAGUCUGACAUCCCUGUUGUCUCGUCGUCACCGUCACCUUCCUGUCAGUCUGCAGCUGCUCAGGUUCAGAAUUUAACAUUACGCAGCCAGAAGCUGGGUGUCUUAUCUAGCUCACAGAAUGGCUCACCAAAAAGCGCUGGUCAAACCCAGUCCUUGACAAUUUGCCAUAAUAAAACAACAGUGACCAGUUCUAAAAUCAGCCAACGAGACCCUUCUCCAGAGAGCAAGAAGGGAGGAAGCCCAGGUCUGGAAUCUCGGAGCACGGCCGUCACUCGGACAUCAAGCAUCCACCAGUUAAUAGCACCAGGUACCUUGGAAGUCCCAGGUCAAAGCCUGACCAUGCCCAGCCCUGAUGAGGACGCCUUUUCUCCUUGUCCCUUGUCUUUGUCCUCACAAGAACUUUCCUCUUCAUAUUCUCCAAUUCAGCCUCAUUCUCUAAUCAAACAUCAACAGAUUCCUCUUCAUUCACCACCUCCUAAAGUUUCCCAUCAUCAGCUGAUAUUACAACAGCAACAACAGCAAAUUCAGCCAAUCACCCUUCAGAGUCCAAGUCAAGAUCCACCCCCAUCCCAGCACUGUAUCCCACUCCCAAACCAUGGCCUUUCUCCGGCUCCCAGUAACGCCCAGUCACAGCAUUGCUCCCCAAUUCAGAGCCAUCCUCCGCCUUUAACUGUGUCUCCCAAUCACGCACAGUCCGCACAGCAGUCUGUAGUGGUGUCUCCUCCCCCACCUCAUUCCCCAAGUCAGUCUCCUACUAUAAUUAUCCAUCCACAAGCACUUAUCCAGCCACACCCUCUUGUGUCUUCAGCUCUUCAAACAGGGCCAAAUUUGCAGCAGGCUACUGCUGAGCAGGUACAGUCCACAGCACAGCUCAAUCUUCCAUCCCAUCUCCCACUUCCAGCAUCCCCUGUUGUCCACAUUGGCCCUGUCCAGCAGUCUGCCUUGGUGUCCCCUGGACAGCAGAUAGUGUCCCCAACAUCACACCAGCAGUAUUCAACCCUACAGUCCUCUCCAGUUCCCAUCGCAACCCCUCCACAGAUGUCGGCAUCUCCUCCAGCUCAGAUCCCACCACUGCCCUUGCAGUCUAUGCAGUCUUUACACGUGCAGCCUGAAAUUCUGUCCCAGGGCCAGGUUUUGGUGCAGAAUGCUUUGGUGUCAGAGGAGGAGCUGCCUGCCGCAGAAGCCUUGGUCCAGUUGCCAUUUCAGACUCUUCCUCCUCCACAGACUGUUGCGGUAAAUCUACAAGUACAGCCGCCAGCACCUGUUGACCCACCAGUGGGAAUGCAUUUGAACCAGUGUCAUCUGCACAAAGUUUUUUCUCUUAAGGUUUAUCAAGUAGAAGAUGUAUGUGAGGAAGAAAUGCCAGAGGAGUCCGAUGAGUGUGCAAGGAUGGACAGAACCCCCCCGCCCCCCACCUUGUCUCCAGCAGCUGUCACUGUGGGGAGGGGGGAGGACUUGACAUCCGAACAUCCUUUGUUAGAGCAAGUGGAGUUGCCUGCCGUAGCCUCAGUCAGUGCUUCCGUGAUCAAGUCUCCAUCAGACCCCACCCAUGCCUCUGCUCCUGCACCUCCACUCUUAAUCCCUGCGGCCUCCACGAGGAGCAGCAGCACUUCUCUGGCCAGCAGUGCUCCCAGCCUGGAAAACAAGCCUCCACAGGCUAUUGUGAAACCACAGAUUUUGACCCACGUUAUAGAAGGCUUUGUGAUUCAGGAGGGACUGGAGCCGUUUCCUGUGAGUCGAUCAUCGUUGCUGAUAGAACAGCCUGUGAAAAAGAGGCCUCUCUUGGAUAAUCAGGUGGUAAACCCCGUGUGUGUGCAGCCAGAGUUACAGAAUAACACAAAGCAUGCGGAUAACUCAUCCGACACAGAGAUGGAGGACGUGAUUGCUGAAGAGACAUUGGAAGAAAUGGAUAGCGAGUUACUCAAGUGUGAAUUCUGUGGAAAAAUGGGAUAUCCUAAUGAAUUUUUAAGGUCCAAACGAUUCUGUACUAUGUCAUGUGCCAAAAGGUACAACGUUAGCUGUUCUAAAAAAUUUGCACUUAGUCGUUGGAAUCGUAAGCCUGAUAAUCAAAGCCUUGGGCAUCGGGGCCGUCGUCCAAGUGGCCCUGAAGGGGCAGCGAGAGAACAUAUCCUUAGGCAGCUUCCAAUUACUUAUCCAUCUGCAGAAGAAGACUUGGCCUCUCAUGAAGAUCCUGUGCCUUCUGCUAUGACGACCCGUCUGCGAAGGCAGAGCGAGCGGGAAAGAGAGCGAGAGCUUCGCGAUGUGAGGAUCAGGAAGAUGCCUGAGAAUAGUGACUUGCUCCCAGUCGCACAGACGGAGCCCUCUAUAUGGACAGUCGACGACGUCUGGGCCUUCAUCCAUUCUUUGCCUGGCUGCCAGGAUGUUGCAGAUGAGUUCAGGGCACAAGAGAUUGAUGGGCAGGCCCUGCUCUUGCUAAAAGAAGACCAUCUCAUGAGUGCAAUGAACAUGAAGCUGGGCCCAGCCCUGAAGAUUUGUGCACGCAUCAACUCUCUGAAGGAGUCUUAACAGGAGCGAGGCUUUGUGCUUCUCAGCCCAUUCCUCUUACUCGGUGAAGGUAAAGCCUCGCUGGGAAUCCUCUCCUGAGACUAUCAGACUCAUGGGGGAAGGCCGAGUGCAUUGGGACCACCACGGCCAGUGCCGACAUUUCUCUUCAGAUGUCCUAACUCAUCAUACAUUUUCAUAAUUAGUGAACAUAGGUGACAUUAAUUUUACCACUUACAUGCUACACUGAAAGACUUGUUACAGAGGCCCAUAUUUUUCAAAGAAACAUGUUAUAAUAGAUAAUUUUUUAAAGGUAAUGUUUAUCAUUAAUAUAAAAAAAUCCUUUUAAAAAUAAUUAUUGAUUUACACUCCCCCUCCUUUAAUUCUCUUUUCGUAUAUGUUUUCCGACCCUGUUAGUUUUCUAAAUGUUGUCAUAGAGAUAUAGGAUAAUUUAGGAGCCCGUUGACAGAAUUGAAUGCAAUGAAAUACCAGUCUGUUUUAAAAAGCAUUAACUUCCAGACAAAUGCUUUGGCUGUGAAAAGGGAAUGUGUUUUAGCAUAAGCAGUAUUUUUGAAGUUCUCAAGAGUCUCUAGUCUAGCCUUUACCCAGGUUGGCAUGACUGACAAUUUUCCUCCUGGUUUCUACAUUAGGAGCAAUAGUUCUCAGUGGAGAACUUGUCCUCCAGGGGACAAUUGGCAAUAUCUAGACACAUUUUGAUUGCCACAGCUUGGGCUUGAGUUUUGGCGAGGGUGGUUAUAGGAACUGAGGUGUGGCAGCCAGUGGAGAUGUUGCUGACUACCCUACAGUACAUAGGAUGCCCCUUUGUCACCAGGACCGAUGUAUUAUGGAUGCCAGUGGUGCCAGUGAGCAGCCUGGCUGAGCAGAGAGCUGUGGGCUGCUCUUUUCCCCUGCAGGGACAUACUUAAAUGAUGGCUGUGACAAGGACGAUGUGCAGUGAGGGGUUAGCCAGUGGCACCAGAGUUCUGCAGAAGCAGGUUUUAGUUUUACUGUAUACUAGAAAGGAAAUCCAUAAACUUGGGCUAUAAAACUAGGCUAAUACACAGAUCAUGUGACUCUGGUGUGGCACUGGUCACCUCUUCCUGACUGUUCUGUGCACUGAUGAAGGUGCUUGAUGCAGUCAUGCCUCGGAGCCUCUUUCAGCAGCCCAGUGGCAGUGGAGGUGGAAUCCCUUCCUUGAAGCAACCCUGCUGAGUCUGGCUAGAAUGCAUAGUUCUUUCUCCCUUACUGUGGAUUCUUCCCACGAAGUAUUUAAAGUGAUUUCUCUUAAUCAAAGGUUUUUAUUCGACAGUUUUCUGUUAGGACACUAAGCCAAAUUUUUCUGUGGGUGCUCUGAAAUCUUUGUAGUGCUGGGCAUCAAAAGAUUUGCUGAUGUUGUUUGCUUUCUCUAUCUUUACUACAUGUUUGAGAACGCUGAACAACAGAAGGGACAUGUGCACAGCCUUGGCACAGACGGAAAGGACAGCAAAAUCUGAGCUCAGUCAUCUCUAUGGCGCUUUUCAGAGAUUGGGUUGAGUUAGUAGAAGACUAAAAGAUGUCACAAAGACAUCACAGAUAAAUUUAUCUUUUGGCUUUGUGUACAUUAGAAAAUGUUGGUUAUUUUUAUACAGAAAUAUAGGGGAUAAUUUUUUUAAUCUUUAGAUGCCUCUUGUUUGAAUGUAUGCUUUGUGAGAUUGUUGGUGUAGUAGUUUUAAGAGCUGUUCACCAGUAGUCCUGUGUAGACUCAGAAUGUGUAAGUAGCUGAGGCUCCUGUUUCAGACUAUAGUAGUAUAGGCUACGUUACAUAUUUCUUUGUAUCGCAUUUGGUUAUUCACAUUUCAAGGAAGGCAGGUACUCUACAGUUACCUGCAUUUAUUAGUACUGAGUCAUCAUGGCAGAGUUGUCAUGGAUGUUCCUUUCUCCUAACAGAGGCUGGCUAUGCAGCACUAGGGACUGCCUGCCAUAAUGAAGGAGGCACAAGGCACAUUUCCUCUGAAAUUAAAACUAUGGUGUAGUUAGUAAUCCGCAGUGAAUAUGGGAUUGUCCAGAACAGACCUCCAGCAAUAGUGCUUCCCCCCUACAAAUUCUUACAUAUAGCCUAAGGUAUUAACCCUGCACUUGUACUAAAACCAGCCCAUCGUGUGCUUAUGAGAAGCCCCUGUGCCUAGCACUGUCCUUAAGCACCCCGAAACAGCUUGCACAAGGGGUUUCUCUUGGAGGAUGCCUUCUUGUCCUUCAUCUUAGAAGUAGUUAGUCCAGAUCUUCUGUUGUCUGCACUUAAAUUUAACUAACAGAUAUACUUUUUUCUUACAAGUGGAUUAUUUUAUUCAGAAGUGGCUCAUUUGGCGUUUGGUGUUCUCCCAUUGCUGCAGGUACUUCUUUCUAGGUAAUUUUUAAUCGUGCUAAUUUGAAAGCUUCAUGACAUGAAGUGGGGACACAUGCUGUUUCUCCCUGUCUCCCGAGGAUUAGGCGGUUCAGUGUGACACAGACAGGAAGAAUGCUAGUUUCAUUUCCUUUCUUGUUACUAAGCACUUAAGAGCUUUCUUAGAGGAAAAAAAAAAAAGACAGGAAGGGAACAUGGUUUCUUCCUAUUUUUGCUUCCUGAGUUUGCCUUGCCUGACUUGAAACCCUUCAACCACUGUGGGACACACUUUUCACGUUAUUUGUUUUAAGUUCUAUGUUCUUAGGAAAAUAAACAGCUGGCUUGUAAAUUUUACUUUAUACUUAGAUGCUUUGCAUACACACAUGUAAGGCACAGUGACACAGCUUUAUCAGCACAGCAGGGAGUGCUGCCUCCGCACCUGACACCUUCCGUGACAGUGACUGAUGGAUGGGCAGAGUCACUACCUGGGAGUAGAGAUGCCAGAACAAGAGGAGAGUGUGUUGGUAAAGCAGCUAGAGUGUGGCAGAGCAGACAGGGCCUCCUCUUCUCAGUUCAUCAGGGCAACCUGACUUCUGUGUUUCAGGAGUCCCGCUGCUUUCCUCUUUGUUUCCUGUGUUGGAAGACUGGUGUGUGAGACCAUGCCUUAGAGUAACUGUUCACAGUCAGUCUUCAUAUAUUAAGUGCGUCUAUUUAUAAACACAAAUCUUGGAUUGAACUCUUUCAGAGGACUCAUUUUCUCACAAGCUUGUUAGGUUGUGUGUCUCAGCACUGGGAAUACUCUUAAAGCAUUUCAGACAUGUUCUCAGCUAGAGAGGCUGCUAAGUGUUGUAGUUUGAAGACUUGGGGAGUGCCAGCAACACUUGCUGCUGACUGGUACUGUUAGCUGGCAUGGGAUGGCCUCACCUCCUUUCCUGCACUGAGUCCCAUCUACCUCCAACCCCACCUCCAAUAAACUACACAGACUUUCUUAGUUUUUUACUUGGGGUUGGGUCGCAUCCUGACUUGGAGAGCUUCAGGCUGUUGUAAUGGGGCGGGCCUUUAUAACUUCACCAGUUGUAUUUCAAUGACAGUCUUAUCCAUCUAUGCAAAUCGUUUCCUAGUUUCUUGUAUACCAUAUGUCUGUGUGACUUAUUCCUUGAAGGUUAU